UAAUAUAGAAUUCUCAAUGGAAAAUACGAAUCAAAUACCAGAUUCCAGGAGAUGUAAACCAGACAAAUUGUAUAAAAAAUCAUUAUUUGUAGAUAUAUAUGAAAGAUUGCAAUCCUUAUGGAAUGGUGAGUUUUUUUGUGAUGUUAAACUACAAACGGAUGAUCAAAAAAUAAUAUCCGCACAUAAAGUGAUUUUAUCAGCAGCUAGCCCGUAUUUCCAUGCCAUGUUUACAAAUUUUGCAGAAAGGAAUCAUGAUCUUGUGGCAUUAAGACAGAUAGAUCAUACUGCUUUACUGCUCUUAGUGAACUUUAUUUAUUCUGGAAAAAUCUCGGUCACUGAAGAAAACGUCCUGGUAAUAAUAGAUAUAGUAUGA